AUGGGGAUGUGGUUCACCCAAGGCCUUGGCUGCCGUUUAGCGCAGGGCCUGCUGAGUUCAUUUAUUACAUCCGCCGAGCACCGAUGCCGGGCAGGUCUGAUGCUGGGCACUGGGGCUGAGGGGCAGCCCUUCCUUCUGGGUCUCGCGAGUCUGAAUCUCGGGGACAAAGCGGCGCUCCCUCCGGCUCACCUGCCCGCGCGCCCUUCCCCCACCCGACCACCCUCCCCGCCCCCCGCCCCCCCCCACCAGCCACGGUGUCACAGGGUUCCCGCCCGCGGGUGCGGGCGCUGGCGCGGCGCGGAGCCCCGUCCCCGUGGAGGUCUUGCCCGGCCCUGGCCCCGGAUCAGGACUCGGGUAACUCACCCGGGACACGCUGCCCUCGCUGUCCGCGGAGAAGCAGUCCCUGCUACGCGCACCGCCUCACCGGCUCGUGGCGGGCGAGGCUCAGGGGUUUAUUCCCGCAGCUGGCCCGAGGCCAAGGGUAGGUCAGCCGCGCCCGCGCAGUGGGUGGAGCCGCCCGGGGCUCCCGCAGGCCACGUAGGCCCGCGCUCCUUCUUUCCUGCCUUUCUUUUCCCCCUGGCGGCCAGAUGUACAGGCCGGACAUUUAUUUGGUCGCCGUGGCCGGACGCGCGCGCCGGGAUUUCGAAGAGUCAUCCCUGGGUGUCGAAAAAUUCCGAUAUCCAGGCUGCCUCCUGGAUUAUGAAGUCAGAAUUUCUGGGUUGGAAAGGGCCCAGACAUAUACUCCUUGUGCCUGGCGUGUGGACAGUAGGGGCCAGCCUGGAUGAGGAGAGGUUCCAGGCUUCGGAGACAGAAUGGGCCAACAUGUGGAGGUCAUUAUCACCUCUGAAGAGCUUUCAAAAGAACUAUCACUGAGCGAUCAUGAAUUUAUGGUAAUGAGUUUAUGCAGAUUUCACCUGGUUUGUUGUGCCUCGGUUGCUUAAACAUGGUGGAAGGCGACUCAAACACAGCCGAUGUCUCAUGGCACACAUAAAUUUUCUCCUUGUUUUAUCUUGCCUUUCUCUUCUUGAAUUUCUUUUUCCCUUUUUUUUUAUUAAUUUUUUUUAAUGUUUAU